AAACUACCAGUUGUUUUGCUGGUUAAUUGGGUUUAGACUUCCGGUUUCAUCAAUUGAUAUUAUUGUGGGAUUUGUCCAAAUGUGACACCACUACCAACGUUGGCUUGAAAUCAGAUCAGAUUAUUGUUAUAAAUGGAAACGCCACAAAGUAGCAGCAGUAGUGGUGGUCCCAGUACUUCCAAUGGCGCUACAAUAAACCCUCCUCCUCCCACGCCGAGCACCUCUGAGAACAAGGACAAGCGCAACAAUGAUUCAGAUUCAGAUAAGGAGAAGGGGGACGAGGGGAUGUUCGAGUGUAACAUAUGUCUGGACACUGCAAAGGACGCUGUAGUCAGCCACUGCGGACAUUUAUUCUGCUGGCCCUGUCUUCAUCAAUGGUUGGAAACUAGACCAACAAGACAAUCGUGCCCAGUGUGUAAAGCAGCCAUAUCUCGUGAUAAAGUUAUUCCAUUGUAUGGGCGUGGAGGCUCAAAUGUGGAUCCCAGGUCUAAAGUUCCACCUCGACCUACACCCACAAGACAAGAACAGUCAGAAGGGAACAGAUUUUCAUGGGGUGCUGGAACACAGGAGGGAGGAACUGGAGGAUUCCACAUGAGUUUUGGUAUUGGUGCGUUUCCGUUUGGAUUCUUUGCAUCAGCAUUAAAUUUUGGACAACCUGGAGCUGGAGUAACUGGGGCUAAUUUUGGAAAUGCUCAACAAGUAGAAGAAUACGAGUUUUUGUCUAAAAUUUUCCUUUGGGUGGCGAUUGCUUUUAUCGUCUGGCUGUUACUAGCAUAAAUUUAACUAGCACAGGUCGAAAAUUAUCCUCGUCAAAGAUUGUAACUUUGUCACACGUUUUAUAAAAGAGGUACUAUAUAUAUAGUCAAUACGUGAACAAUGAUUCGAUGUGCAACGUCAUUUUGGUGGUCGACUCAUCGUCUGUCGAAUUGUCUAGCCCAACCAAAUUAUGCAUUAUACUAUCAAAUUCAUGCAACACGAGCCAAUUCUAGAAUAUUAACACGGAGAUUUAUGUAUUCAAUUAAUUAUUGAACUUUACGUGUAUCUCUUUUGUAUAAACUGUAAAUUCAUUUUUUAAAUCGCAAUUAUAAUAUAUAUGUACAAUUACCCUUGCCCUAAAUGGCAAAUUCAUCAGUUCAGUUCGAAUAAUGAAAAGCUUCCAAGUGAAUUACUAAACUGAUACGUGUACGAAGGAGCUUCCCCCUGUAAAAUAUUGACGACUACUACUACUAGUAAAUCUAUUGCAUAAUAAUAUCAUGAAUAAAAUCGAAAUACAAGUG